AUGGCUGCUGUCGGCGACGCAUCGACGCGAUUCGACUCCUCCGCAGGCGAACUCUCUUCUCCUCCCUCAGGCUCCCUCUCAGAACCCGGGUCGCCCUCUCACGGGGCUGGCCGCCGUCCCAACGUCGCGAAAGACACCGCAAAGCUCGACAUGGAGGAAAUCGUCGUCAGCGGCGACCAGAACCCGCAGUACUCGCAGCAGUAUCCGCAGCCACCUUCUGGCGGCUCUCCGGGAACCGCCUCGGGCUCUCGAAGCCAGGCGCAGAAGAAAUACUCGUACAUCGACGGCGAAUGGGUGCAACUAACAGCAGCCGGCGUACCCCGCAAAAAGCCGGGACGCAAACCCGGCUCCGUGGUCAAGCCAAAGGCUCCAACUGACGGAUCCGAAGCGCCCAAGGUUCGCAAGCCCCGAAAGUCUCGAGAUGCGGAAGCACCAGCCGUGCAGCGCAAGAGAAAGCUGGCGCCUGCCUCUGAUGUCGAUACCGAUGCGCCCAGUCCGAGGCCGCUCGCCCCCGCCGCGGCUCCGGGGCUGUCGUCCUCUUCUCCCUCUCUUCACCCACAGCUUGGGGAGCCUUUGUCUUCCACGCCCCAGCAUCAUUUACAGCAGCUCCCCGACAGGCGGUAUUCACCCAAGAUGCAGAAGCGAGAAGGCUAUCCUAGCUCCAUGCAAAGCAUUCUAAAUGCCGACCCGCCGCCAGUUACUCGAUCACCGUCAAACAGCAUCGCCAGCCCUACAUCCAUACCCGUGCGCACCAGCGGCCAGAGCUACGAUCCCAUCCGAGGCAAUUAUGACCCCGUGCGAGAAACGAUAACUUCGCAUUACUCUUCAGCGGCCGGGUCUCCGCGAGCCACCCUAGCGGUUCAGCCAUCGCACCGCUCGCCGUCUAUUGCCAGCAUGAUUGAGCCACAGCCGUCCACCAAGGCAUCGCCCAGCCAAUCCCACCAGCCAUACCCGCCUCCUGUGUCUCAGUCUCGCUUGCACACUCAAGAGGCUACCCCGUUGCCACCUUCCCCGUCCUAUGUGCCCAAGACAACAGCUUCCACGCCAGCUCAAACUCCCGCUUUGAAGCCUGCGGUGCCAGAGAUAAAACGUGACGCCCCCACACCUACGCCACCGGCCCCUCGACCAGUCAUCGACCACGCAAACUUUACCACGAUUGCAAAUGGGCCUGUGAAGAAGGUGUCGCCCAAGCAAAAGCCCAUCACCGGCGUCUCGACACCAAAGACAGACUAUUUGGAUGAGACAAUCAUGGAGAUGGACGAGAGAUCGAUUCUUGAUUUCGGCAGAGCCCGCCCUGGCGAAGAAAAGGAGACGCCCACUAUUGUCCUCACCAUCCCCAUCACGGCGGGGGAAACUAACAAGUACGUAAAUUUCAUGCGUAUGGCGGAGGAUCAGUACGGCUGGGAUGCCUUGCAUCCCCGUCUUGCCGCCGACCGAGACCGCAAAGCUCGAAUUGCCGCGGCGGCCGCGUCCUUGGAAAAGGUCGAAUCCGGUCGUGAGUCUGGCGAUGAGAUGUCAGUCGACUUGUCCGAUGCCGAAGGCAGCAAUCCCGAAAAUGGCGGAGUCAGUGGCGCCGAUGCCCAGGCCAAGCCCAAGAAGAAACGAAACUUCAAGGAGGACCAAUACGAUGUGGAUGACGACUUUGUGGACGACUCUGAACUGCUCUGGGAGGCUCAAGCGGCCGCCAGCCGAGAUGGCUUCUUCGUUUAUUCGGGCCCCUUGGUUCCCGAGGUUGAGAAACCAGCUGCGGGACACGAGGAACGUCCUAAGCGCGGACGCGGUGGACGGGGCAGUCGAGGCGGCGGCCGAGGAGGCGCGACAAGAGGAGGAGCCACCACCGGACGCGGCGGCGGUCCAGGUUCCCGAGGCGGUGCCGUCACACGGAAACCUCGCAUCACGAAAUCCGAAAAGGCGCAACGAGAGCGAGAAAAGGCAGAAAGAGAGAGCAUGGCCAAAGCAUCGUCUAACGGAUACCCGCUCCAGCCCACCACGCCGUCAUUAUCUGUUCGCGAGCUUGGCUCUUAG